CAUUAUUGGACCUUCUCUGCCCCUAGCACCUCUAGUCUGUACCCUCCCAUCCGCGCAAGAUGGAGGCGGCACUACUUCGAAACAGCCUACUCCUCGCACUGAUGAAGACACGAGAUGGGGAAGCAGCGGAAUUGGAAAGCGUGACGGUCCCGUUUCUUCUGCCUCAUCCUUUACCGAGAAGAACCUGGACCCAAGCAAGUGCAAGAAAAAGCAACAAGUACAAGACUGGGCGACCCAAGCAAGUGCAAGGAAAAAUCUCAGAUUUACGAAGACAUCGAAGAUGUAUCGCUAAGCUGGUUUGAGUGAGUGCAGCACUAGAAGAAACGUGAUCGGUUAUUCGCUUGGGGGCCGCGCAUCCUACACGCGGCGCCAUCGUAACAAGAUGGCACUUCACUUUCGCACUCUCAUUCUCAUUCUCAAGUGCACUAUUCUCAUUCUCAUUUUUCUCUUUCUUCUCUCUCUUCAUUUCUCCCUUCUCAAAACGGUCAAAUGCGCGCAAAGCGAUUCAUCAUCAUUGCACAUGUGCCGAUCCUAUUUGACUAAUCAUGUUUCCUAUGAAAAAAUAUGCUUUGUUAGUUUCUAGUAGGAGAAGUUCAAGUUGCAAAGAUGGCGUCAUCACUUAUAGUCUCUCGCUAAGUCCGCUUACCCGCGAUAAAGACGACAAGCAGGCCGUGACGUUCAAUGGUUGGCUUAAUCCUGCCAACAGUUCCCCGUUCGGUUUGAAACGACGCGUCUCUGGCUCUUUUAGACCUGACACGAAUGCAGAUCCGCCUUAA